AGCCCUCCAAUUUUGGCGCCAUAAAAGCCUCCUCUGCAUUUCCCGCAUGUUCUUGCUUUUCAAAACUCUCAGCCAUUAAGUUUCAAAAUACCACCGAAACCUUCUAAUUUCAAUGAGAAUCAGACGCCAUAAGAGUGGUAAUUAAUCGUCUAAGUUAGUACAAGUCCAAACCCGAAGAAUGCAAUCAUGGGCCUCUCAGUCAAAUCUCUACAUAUCCCUCCUCCAAACAAGUCUCAAAAGCAAAGACCCUGUAGCAGCAAGAUCAAUCCACGCCCAAAUCAUCAAGUCUGGGCUUCAAUUAGGACUCUUUGUGAUGAAUAAUCUCAUAAAUGUAUAUGCAAAAUCUGGGUUCAUCCCCGAUGCUGUUAAGGUUUUCGAUGAAAUGCCUGUGAGAAACACAUCUUCAUGGAACACGCUCUUGUCUGCAUAUGCAAAACGAGGCAUGAUUCGUGAAGCAAUUUCUCUUUUUAAUGAGAUGCCUGAAUAUGAUUCUGAUUCGUGGACUACAAUGAUCGUGGGCUAUAAUCAACUGGGGCGUUCUGAGGAUGCUGUAAGGAUGUUUUGUAAGAUGGUAUUGAGUAGAAUUCUUCCAACCCAAUAUACUUUUACUAAUGUACUUGCAGCUUGUGGUGCAAUUAAAGGGUUACAUAUCGGUAGCAAGGUGCAUUCUUUUGUUCUUAAACUCGGGUUUGGUGGCAAUGUAGCUGUAGCAAAUUCAUUGUUAAAUAUGUAUUCAAAGUCUGGUGAUGUUGGUACUGCAAAGGUGGCAUUUGACAGGAUAGAGUUAAAGAAUGUCUCAAGCUGGAAUUGGAUGAUUUCCUUGCACAUGCAGCAUGGUGAGGUUGAUCUUGCACUUGCUCAGUUUGAUCAGAUGAAAGAACGUGAUAUUGUUUCUUGGAACUCAAUGAUUACAGGUUACAAUCAGCAUGGUUUUGAUAAUGAAGCUCUGGACAUGUUCUCCAACAUGGUCAAUGGCACUGACCUGUUGCCUGAUAAGUACACCCUAGCUAGUGUUUUAUCUGCUUGUGCAAAUACUCAGAAUGUUACUUCAGGAAAGCAAAUUCAUGGUCAUAUUGUUAGGACCAGUUUUGGUACUUCUGGGGCUGUUGGGAAUGCUUUAAUCUCGAUGUACUCUAAGUGUGGCUGUGUUGAAAUUGCUCAAAAAGUUGUACGCCAAAGUGGAAUAUCAAAUCUAGAUAUUGUAGCAUUUACAGCUUUACUGGAUGGAUAUAUCAAGAUUGGAGAUAUCAAUCCAGCAAGGGUGAUCUUUGACUCAUUAGAAGAACGUGAUGUGGUUGCUUGGACGGCAAUGAUUGUAGGUUAUGUGCAGAAUGGCUUUUAUGACGAAGGGAUGGCACUUUUUAGAUUGAUGAUAAGAGAAGGUCCAAAACCUAAUAAUUUCACUCUAGCAGCUAUGCUAAGCAUUUGUUCAAGCUUGGCUUCAUUGAAUCAUGGCAAGCAGAUCCAUGCAGUGGCCUUGAAAUCAUUGGAAGCAUCGUCUGUAUCUGUGAGCAAUGCUUUAAUUACCAUGUAUUCAAAGGCUGGUAGCAUUGGUAGUGCAAAGAGAUUAUUCAACCUAAUAAAUUGGAAAAGAGACCAUGUCUCUUGGACAUCCAUGAUCAUAGCUUUAGCUCAACAUGGAGUUGCAGAUGAAGCCAUUCAACUGUUUGAGAAGAUGCUGGGAUUGAGUAUUAAGCCAGACCAUAUCACUUAUGUAGGUGUUCUUUCUGCCUGCACACAUGUGGGGAAGGUUGAACAAGGCCGUAGAUACUACAAGAUGAUGCAAGAUGUACAUAGAAUUGUACCCACCACAAGCCACUAUGCUUGCAUGAUUGACCUGUUUGGACGUGCUGGAUUGCUACAGGAAGCACAAUGUUUCAUUCAGAACAUGCCAAUUCAGCCAGAUGUUAUAGCUUGGGGAUCGCUUUUAGCUUCUUGCAAGAUUCAUAAGAAUGCAGAGCUAGCAACUGUAGCAGCUGAGAAAUUGCUUUCAAUUGAGCCAGAUCACAGUGGGGCCUUUACAGCACUUGCUAAUGCUUAUUCUGCCUGUGGAAGAUGGCAAGAAGCUGCUUUGGUCAGAAAGUCAAUGAAAGAUAGACAGGUAAAGAAAGAGCAAGGAUUUAGUUGGAUUCAGAUUAAAAGUGAAGUUCAUGUAUUUGGGGUAGAAGAUGCACUUCACCCACAGAGAGAUGCAAUUUACCGGGUUAUGGACAAAAUCUGGAAAGAGAUAAAAAAAAUGGGUUUUGUUCCAGACAUGGAGUCAGUGCUGCAUGAUCUUGAUAACGAAGUGAAAGAACAGAUUCUUAGACAUCACAGUGAGAAACUUGCUAUAACAUUUGGUUUGAUAAAUACUCCAGAAAAAUCCACUUUAAGGAUCAUGAAGAACCUUAGAGUUUGUAAUGACUGUCACUCUGCUAUUAAAUUCAUUUCCAAACUUGUGGAGAGAGAAAUUAUUUUAAGGGAUGCUACUCGUUUUCACCACUUCAAAGGUGGUUUAUGUUCUUGUCGGGACUAUUGGUAGGACAAAAAAAGAUAUCAAUUCAACUAUUUAACUUGGAACCUGUUAUUAAGGGGACCGUCAAGGUUGACCGGUUUUAUUCGCACAGUUCAGCUAAAUGAGAAAUGUAAAGUUAAAUGUUGGGUAUGGUGCACCAAAUUUAGUGACAUUGCUGAAGGAUUUGAUGUUAUAUCCUUAGAACGUGGUUGAAGUUUCAGGAAAAGGGAAGAUGGUUUUGUUUCAUGAAUAUAGCGAAUUGAGUGGUCCAGGCUAAUGCAACCAGCAACUGGGGAAGCAUCUCCUGGAUGAUUUCUGAAUGAUUUACAAGGAUUGGGCUUGGAGACAUCCUUUUGUAUAAUUGUGUAUCUCCUGCAGGUCUUACAGACAGCAUAUCUGUCCCAGGUAGGGAACAGUAUGAGCAUUGGUGCAUCUUGCUAUGCUGCCUUACAAGUAAGACAAUGCUUCAAUGAAAAGGUGUGCUGAAUUGCUGGAGUAGGGCUUAAGAUUUAUGUCUGUUCGUUAUGAGAUUAAGUAUGCCACAGAUUCCUGUGCUUUGGCAAAAGAAUGAAGUACUUAACCAAGAGAAUUUCAAUACUCAAAGAUUUAACGAGUUAUGGUAAAAUCUAGCGGCAUAAUUUUCCACCUUGAAACGAUUUUUGGUUCAUUUUAAUCCUCUGAUUUUGAACUUUCUUUACACGAGUAUGCUUUCUGUUCCUCAUUCUUUACAUGAGUUCAGUUGUAGAGAUCUUGUGUUGGCUCUUACUGCAGGUAUAGAGGUUAAUAGCUGCUCAACGCUUUGGUCUCCAAUGCUGUAAAAUCCUGUGGACAUGAAUCUCUACAACCAUGCCGAGAUUCAGGCAAUCAUUUGCAGACUGGUGAGAAUUACUAGUCAAAGGUCACAAGUUCAUCAUAAAUAACCACAGGCUGGUGAGAGUUACUAGUCACUAGAUCAUCAUAAAUAGCCCUCCUUUAUGUUUUGCAAGCGGCGAGGACAGCAACAAGUGUCUAUCUGAUAGGGAACUUCUACAAAUUUGCUCUUUUAGAUCUCAGAUGCCGUAACAUCCUCAUUUUCUAAUACAUGUCUGGCUUUUUAGUGAUAUAAUAAAAUGACUUGUCUUUAUAAAGAUUGAGGAGAAGAAUCAGCAUCAUGAUUUCAAUAAGAUAAAUUUGAUACUGA